CCUCUCGAGAUCGAAAUCCGCGAAAAGACCAGACUACCCCUCAGCAGUAGUGCUAGCGGCAGGCUGCGAUGGCGGUGGCGGAGCUCUGGGAGACGCUGAAGCAGGCGAUCGUGGCCUACACGGGGCUGUCCCCGGCGGCCUUCUUCACGGCCGUCGCGGUCGCCGCCGCGCUCUACCACGUCGUGACGGGGAUCUUCGCGCCGCCGCCUCCUCCCCGGCAGCGCCCGCGCGAGGAGCCCGAGGCGGAGCCGCUCCCGCCGCCCGUGCAGCUGGGCGAGGUCGAGGAGGAGGACCUCAGGCAGUACGACGGCUCCGACCCCAAGAAGCCCCUCCUCAUGGCCAUCAAGGGCCAGAUCUAUGACGUCACCCAGAGCAGAAUGUUCUAUGGACCAGGUGGACCUUACGCCCUAUUCGCUGGCAAAGAUGCCAGCAGAGCUCUAGCCAAGAUGUCCUUUGAACCCCAGGACCUGAACGGUGACCUCACUGGCCUUGGACCAUUCGAGAUGGACGCGCUGCAAGACUGGGAAUACAAGUUCAUGAGCAAGUAUGUGAAGGUCGGUACCAUCAAGAAGGCAGCUCCCGCGGAAGAUGCACCCGAAACAAAUGAAACCACCACCACUGAGGCAGAGCCCGAGAAGGCACCUGCAACCGAAGACAAGCCGAGGGAGGCUAGCCCUGAGGAGGUGGCAACAGAGAAGGAAGCCACAACUGACGUAGCAGGCGCGAAAGAAAGCUAGACAAGUCCCGUACUUCCUUGCACAUGCAAUAAAUCUGUGUAAUCUUGGUAUGUAAUUUGUACCAGCGCAUUGGACCUGGGGAUAGUGCUGGUGCGACGUCAUUGUUAGUCUUUACCGAAGUGCUGGAUAUUACUGGGGUAGCGGGGUGUACCCCUUUGUGAAGGCGUCUAUUGAUAUCGAACUUUGGGCUGAAUAAUAUAACUGCUCCUUAAAGUA